GGGAUGCUGAGGUAGGCUUGCCCGUUGCUAGCCAGUUAGCCACGUUAGCUGUGUCUGGUAAUCCUGGCAGAAACAGUCGUUUCUUUUUGUCCUUUCAAACAAAAUCACCCGAAGGAGAUAUACUGCCAGCCAUGGAGAGGAUACAGCGGAUGUGGUCGUCUUUUGUAUUCCCUCGUAUCGUCAGCUUUUGGUUAGAUGUCAAUGUCAUAGUUUGCAGCUAGGGUUGUCUCGUUAGCUCAGCUAGCCUGUGUCUGGUUAACACAGGGCCAAGGCCAAGGCCAAGCGAGAAAAGGGAGGCCGUCGGGCAUUUGCUCUGUAGGUGGACAGAGGAGGAGAGGAGAGGAGUAGCACCUCAGGUUUUGGACCAGAACGUCUUUUAGAGUUGCCUCCACCAUCCUCAUCAUCAUCACUGUUACCCUCAGCUGAGCCAUGUCUUCGUCAGGGUGCUGCCACCUACCCGGCUCCCUUUGUGAUUACUCCGGGAAUGCUGAAUCUGAUGCCUCCAAGGAUUCUGAGGAGUCUGAUUCUACUGCACAGGCCCAGUACAUUGCCAAGGUUACAGCUAAAGAUGGCCGCCCACUCUCCACUGUUGUCAAAGCAGUGAGCUUGCAGAGUGAUGUUGGUAUGUGUCGGAUUUGUCACGAGGGAGCUGGAGGAGAGACACUACUCUCGCCCUGCGACUGCACAGGAACGCUGGGUAAAGUACACAAGAGCUGCUUGGAGAAGUGGCUGUCCUCCUCCAACACCAGCUACUGUGAACUCUGUCACACAGAGUUCACUGUUGAACGGCGACCACAACCACUCACACAGUGGCUGAAGGACCCCGGCCCUCGCAGUGAGAAGCGCACGCUGCUGUGCGACAUGGCCUGCUUCCUUCUCAUCACGCCACUGGCAGCCAUCUCCGGCUGGCUGUGUCUUAGGGGCGCCCAGGACCACCUGCAGUUGAAGAGCAGACUCGAAGCUGUUGGCCUCAUCGCCCUCACCAUCGCCCUCUUCACCAUCUACAUCCUCUGGACACUGGUGUCAUUUCGGUAUCACUGUCAGUUGUACUCCGAGUGGAGGAGGACCAAUCAGAAAGUGCGUCUGCUCAUGCCUGACAUGAAAGGGGCGCACACCACCCAGCGUUCGGUGCCGACCAAGUCGACCAAGAAAAUGACUGAUGAGACCAUCGUAUGAGUGCAGAGCAGUGGCAAGAGGAAUAUUUAAAAAUAACGCCCACUGAAGCACUCUCUAAAAACAAAAUAAAUCAUAUAAAUGAACUUUUGCACUUCAUAUGGACCAUUCUGAGAGGGAAAAGCUACUUUCUCCUUCUGUUUUCUUUUAUUGAAGCACUUGAUGUAAACUACUAAGGUAUUGACCAACCACAAGAGUGGUUUUGGGAAGAACUCAUUCCGGAGUCAUGUCGAUGUUGAAACACAGAGUUGUCAUCGGACAGCCAGUGCUGGGAUGUGAACGACCGACACACAUGGAUAAUGGACUAACCAGCCAAACUCUAUGUCCGUGACACAAACUUAUGAAAUACUAAGACACAAGCUAAUGUAGCAGGAUAUAACUGAAUCAGCAUGCUACUACAGUAUAAUAUGAAACAUAUUCACACUACCUAUAAUUCCCCCAUGCCCCUUCACAAUGUAUUUAGCUGUUUUUGAACAAUGGGCAGCCAAUAGCCCAGCGGAGGAUAAUUAUCUAAAAACAUGAUUGACAAAGUCUAUCUGUGAAUAUUCUUUCUUGACAAAUAGAGGACGACAGUCUCUCCUACCAACGUUCUUGUCUAUAAUCUGAACCCUUUUAAAGUUUCCAGGUAAAGCUUUAUCAUUGCUGUCUAAACAGUGACACUAAUCAUUUUUCUGUUUAGACAGCGGCUGAGACAUCACAUAUCUAUCACACGUGUUCGGGGUCAGUGAAGAUUGUAGUAUAUGGGAUAAUACUAACUGCAUCCGUAAAGCGGCAGCACAGUAUCGCAUAAGAAAAAGUAUUGACAGUGUGGAAAAGUGUUUACACUCCAAUUGGAUGAUAUGUCUCCCAUUGUCAUAAGAGUGCAUUAGCAAACGGCCCUGCUCCACUUGUAAAUGCACCAUUCAUAAAUUGAACUGCCUAGCAAUGACCUGUAGUAAUGUCCUACAUUGCAAGAGAUGCAAUUUUAAAUAGAAGAGAAACAGUGUUCUGAAUAGUGAGAUUACUCCAUAAAGGUACAAAAGAGAAACGUGUUUUGAGAUGUCAGUCGAUGUACGCAGCACAUGCUAAACAAAGUAUUUUGUGUUAUUGUAGUCUUCCUGCUGCAUCCCCUGGAAAGUUGGGUUAUUGUGCAAUAAAACAAGAGGGACUCCUG